GGUCUGGGUACACAACAAUGCAAGGAAACAACAUUAUCUUAUCAAAUUACGGAAGCGCAUGCAUGCUUGCAAACAAUGCGGGCCUUUUUCUCAAUGCUUAUUACCCAGGAUAUCAACCUCCGAUCGGAGGCGGCAAUAUGACCCAUGUCGACUUCCCCAGCAAAUCCACCAAGGUCAUUCAAUUCCCCAUCACGGCCAGCUACGAUCAACGCCAGGAUCCAGGAUUUACUGUCAUCCAGAGCAUCCUGACAAAGUGUGGUCUUACAGGCGGGAAUGACGGCGAGAUCACCAUUAACUACGACAUCAAGGCAACCUUGAAGAUCAUUGGCAUCCCAAUCUCACCAUCAAUUAAAAAUCAGGCUACGAACAUUGCUUGUCCUACGGAUAUAUCUCAAAUUACAGGUGGCAUUCCUGGAGCAAUCGUUAGCGGCAUCGGCAGUCUCAUCAGUGGCAAACGACGAUAGAGCAAGCCAUCGGAUGCAUAAAGAAAAAAUAAUGAGAAUAAAAAUAAAAAAGGCC